AUGGAUGGUAGAGACAUGGACUUUGAGGAGGACUACCAGUCCCCAUUCAAUUUUGAUGCAGGAGUGAACAAAAGUUAUCUCUACUUGUCUCCUAGUGGGAAUUCCUCUCCGCCUGGAUCACCAUACUUGCAGAAGGGGCCCUUUGGUGGGCUGAGAACAGACCCAGUACUGGAGGAAGGGGAAGAUGCUGCCGCCACGAUCAGUACCACGGAGGUCUUAUCAGAGGAGGAGCAGGAAGAGCUAAAGAGAGAACUGGCAAAGGUAGAAGAGGAGAUCCAGACUCUGUCUCAAGUAUUAGCAGCAAAAGAGAAGCAUCUAUCAGAGAUCAAGCGGAAACUUGGGAUUGGUUCACUACAGGAAAUAAAGCAGAACAUUGCCAAAGGGUGGCAAGAUGUGACAGCAACAUCCGCAUACAAGAAGACAUCUGAAACCUUGUCUCAGGCUGGACAAAAAGCUUCAGCUGCUUUUUCAUCUGUUGGAUCAGUCAUCACUAAAAAGCUGGAAGACGUAAAAUUGCAAGCCCUUUCACAUUCUUUUAGCAUACGCUCCAUUCAGCAUUCAAUUAGCAUGCCUGCUAUGAGAAAUUCUCCAACUUUCAAGUCGUUUGAAGAAAAAGUUGAAAACUUAAAGUCUAAAGUAGGGGGAACCAAGCCUGCUGGGGGUGAUUUUGGAGAAGUCUUGAACUCAACAGCAAAUGCCAGUGCCACCAGUACGGAGCCUCUUACUGAGCAGACCCAGGAGACCCCGUGA